CCUCAAGCAUCUCGAUAUUUUUCUCUUGAUAGAAGGGUCCCGCCUCCGCCUCAUGCCGACCCCUCCGCCUUGAGGCCAUCGCCAACCCUAGCCAUGCCCAGGCGAGUCCCAUCACAACGCUGCCCUGCGCCGCCUGCCAAUUACCUGCUAAUCGCACACGCCGUGCAGUGGUCGGUAUCCAUAGCCCGUUUCCCAUUAUGCGGUCGCAAUUGGCCCGCUAUGUCCUGCGGCGCCUUCUCGUGAGCGAGGUCUCGUCUGGCCCGCCUAGCUUCGUCCUCUCCCUACCUGGAUUGCGCACGUGCCCCCUGAGGCCGAGAAUCGCGCGGUGGCCACAGAGGAGGGGAUUCCUCGGCCUGUUCAACAAACCGCCUCGCAAGCUCAAGGAGAUCAAUGCCGAACCGGGUUACGAGACCCUCCUCCAAUACCGCGCUGCGGAGAAUGAGAGCAUCCGACCCCCUCGGCGAGCAGAUCUCGUCCAGGCAUGGCGCGACUUCUUCGACUACAAGAUGGGUUAUGGCCGAGUCGUGAAUUCUACCCAGGCCUUAUGCGCCCACAGAGUCUUUCUCUACCUCUGCAGCCCCUCGGCUUACAACCUGCACCGAGACGAAAUAUUAUCCGUCAACGACCUGCGCUUCGCUAGGGAGUGUCUAUCCAAUGCGCCUAAGGACGAUACCACCAGCCAUCUCGCACUCUCGAGAUCGCUAUAUAACGAGAUAACGGCCAGGGGUGCUGCCGUGCCUAGAGACUUUCAUACCUACGUCGCUGCCCUGUCGCAAUACGGACAGUCUCUCGAGGCGAGGGACCUGGUCUUUGAUUAUUUCCACAACCGACCUGACGUGGAUCCGAUCGCCCGGGCAAGAUGUUUUAUUCCCGUCGUCCGAGGUCUUGCCCAAGAAGGACGCGAGACCGAACUCGUAGAUCUUGUGACGGCAGCUAAGAAACUAGGACUCGAAUAUGACCCGCUGAUUCACGGCAUCAUGACCGGCUUCUUUGCGAAGCGUGAUAGGAUCGGGGAGACCAAGCUCUGGUUCAACAACCCCAUAAGUAGGGGCCUUCCACCGUCCUCUAUGGCAUACUACGAUAUACUUAAGUUCGCUCUGCGCAACGAUCUGCAGAAAUGGGCCGCUGGUAUAUAUGAAGAUCUCAUUUCAAGGCUAGAAACUGGACCGUUCCGCGGCCACAAGCCCUGUUGGGACACCGCCUUUCAGUGGGCAGUCGUGCUACUAGGGAAAGGCAUCGACCACAUCGAACACAUGCUCCAAGUCGCCUUCGAGCACACACGGGACUCACCGAAUUCCCAACCCAACAUAGGCACGAUAAACAGUCUCGUCAAGAUUGCCAUCGACAAGGACGACCCGUACCUAGCCGAGAGGUUCAUCGCGUUAGGCAGGAAACUGGGAUUCGAGCCGAAUUACAAGACGUACAUGCUUCAACUAGAAUACCGCAUCCGCGCUAAAGACCUCGACGGCGCAUUCGCGGCUUACCAGUCCUUCCGGGAGCAGGAUGAUGGGAGCAGGGACAGGGAGAUCAUCAUUUUGAAUGCCUUCGUCCAAGCCAUGUGCUCGGUGCCGGAGCCUAAUUACGAGCGGGUCCUCGACGUCACUACCUAUCUGGAGCAGCGGCGGGCCAUGGUGGAACCUGAAACAGUGGUGGCGAUCUGUAUCGCGUUUCUGAAAAACGACGAGACGUACGAGGUGAUAGACACGCUGUCGCUCCAUACGGUUCACUACAGUGUGGCGGAGCGCUACAUGGUCCGGAAGGCAUUUGUGAACUACUGCCUCGAUAAGACAAACAGCACGGCCCGGGUGUGGGACGCGUACGCGCUGGUGCGGCAGUUCUUCCCCGAGCUCGAGGUCGAGGAUCGGAUAGCGUUGAUGGACGCCUUCUUCGGCCGCCGGCGACCGGACAUGGCGCUGCACGUGCUCACGCACAUUCAGGGGAGCGGGGGCAGGGCCGGGGGGCCGCGCCCGACCGAGGAGAUGUACGUGCGGUUUAUGGAAGGGCUGGGGCGGUGCCCGAACGAGGAGGGCUUGCAUACGGUGCACAACAUGCUCAAGAUGGACACGACGGUCCAGCCGAGCACGCGGCUGUUUAAUGCGCUGAUGAUCGGGUACAUUGCGUGCGGGGUGCCGCACCGGGCGCUCGACUUCUGGAAGGAGGUGACGAUGUCGCUAGAGGGCCCCUCGUACGCGACGCUCGAGAUCGUCUUCCGCGCCUACGAGGUCACCUCGUACGGCGACGGCCCCGCCGGCGAGCUCUGGGAGAAGAUCAAGCGCAUGGAGAUCGAGGUCCCCGAGCACGUCUACGUCGCCUACGUCGCCACCAUGGCCGCCCACGGGAACCUCACGUUGGCUAAGACACUGCUUGACGACAUGCAUAACGUCGUCGGGAAGAACCCCGGCCUCCACGCGUAAGUAGACAUAUAUAUAUGCUUCUGCUGCUCAGUUAUUUUUUUUUCUCCCUUUCUACAUCUCUACUUCUCUUACUUUGCCGGCUACUUGGCUAACGCAGACAUUGUACUCGCUAGGCUCGGGUUCGUGUUCAACGCGC